AUGCAGGUGCGGAUCAGUCCAGUAGUCAACCGUAAAGGCUACCUCCUUCUCCUCUACGACGACCAACAUCCAACGUGGGUGCGCCGAUGGGUUGUCAUUCGACGUCCUUUCCUCUACAUCCACGAAAAUGAGAAGGACGCCGUAGAACGAGACAUAAUUAAUUUAACAACUGCCAAGAUCGAGUACAGUCCCGCGCCUGUGGUAGAACACUUGGCCGGGGAGUUCUACUCCGCGGCAAAGAAUGAUUCAGAACACUCGACCGAGGACAAUGCUGCCAUAUUUCUCCUCACAACCUCACAACGCAAAGUUUACGUAAAGACACCAGAAGCGGGUGCAGAUGUGCAUGAAUGGCUCUAUGCUUUCAAUCCACUAAUGGCUGGUGAAAUCAGGUGA